AUGUCUAGCUCCGGGCAGGGAUACACUAUUAAGAGCUCCGGCACCAACAGCCAGGGCAACCACUACUGCUCUCGUGACUACGGCUCCAGCGCGUCCAACUCGAACAGCUACCACUACUCCAACACCAAUGGCUCUUACUACUACUCCAACCCCAAUGGAAGCACCUACUACAACAACGGGUCGGGAAGCUCGAUCUACACUCCCCCUCUGGAGGAUCCGGUGGAUCCGGCAAGAAAUGAAUUUCCAUGUCACGAUCUCGGCAAGUGA